AUGAAGAACCAGAAAGAAGUGCAUGAGUUCAUUCUUCUGGGACUGACAAAAGACCACCAACUCAUUCUCUUCAUACUUUUCCUCCUGCUCUAUGUGACCAGUUUGGUGGGAAAUGGAGUCAUUUUGGCUGUAACGCUGGCUGAGCCUCGGCUUCAUACUCCCAUGUAUUUUUUCCUAGGCCAUCUCUCCUUCCUAGACAUAUUUUAUGCCACUGUUACUGUGCCAAAAAUGUUGAAUGGCUUCCUAAUAGUGAACCAAACAAUUUCUUCUCUUGAGUGUCUCACUCAACUGCACUUCUUCAACUUCCUGGGAAGUAGCGAAGCCCUGCUUCUGGGUGUCAUGGCUUUUGACCGGUCCGUGGCCAUAUGCAACCCUCUUCGUUACACCGUCAUCAUGAAUAAAAGGGUUUGCUUCCUGCUAGCUGGGGCUACUUGGUGCAUUGGGUUCUUUCAUGCUCUGAUGCACACAGUGGUGACUUCACAGCUAUGGUUUUGCGGUCCCAAUCGUGUCCACCACUUUUUCUGUGACAUCAAACCUUUGCUAGAAUUGGCCUGUAGUAGCAUCACCCUCAAUCUCACCCUUCUUAAUGUUGUCACUGGCUCUAUGAGCCUGGGUACCUUCUUCCUCACUCUUCUCUCCUAUAUCUACAUUGUCUCCUUUCUCUUUUUUAAAGUCAAGUCUUCACAAAGCCGUUGGAAAGCUUUCUCCACCUGUGCUUCCCACUUGACAGUCGUGACUGUCUUCUACAUCCCUAUUCUUUCCAACUACAUGCUUGCCUCUGCUGAUGGAUCUUCUGAAAGAGAGAUGAUCAUUACUCUGUUGUACAGUGUAGUCACCCCAGUUUUAAACCCUCUAAUCUACACUCUGAGGAAUCAGGAGGUAAAAUCAGCCCUCAAGAAGAUUCUAAGCAGAAAACUCUCAUUUGGACAGGUAUGGAUGAAUAACUCUCAGCGUACUGAACGAACUCAUAUCGGUAGGUAA